GGCAAGACAUUAAAUCCAACCUCCCUCCAUCCAGACGCAGCGCGCGGCCCAUCAACCUGAUCUGAAGAUCGAAAAUAGGAGGGCUUAUAGUAAUCAGCCCUUCAGACUCCCAUGACAAGGAAAAGUGUGGAAGCGUCGUGGGAGCGCACACAGCAGGACGCUCAGUGGCGUUGCGCGCUCAGCACAUAACCAACCAGAGAGCGCACAGACUGAGACAGACUCGGGGACGGCGGCGGCGGCGGCGGCAGCAGCAUCCCGUGACGGAUGCAUUUUUUCGCAAAAAGCGGACGCUCUGGAGACUGAAUACUGAGAACGGGACAGGGGAUAACGCCGUGCUUUUUUGGAGGGAUUUGAACCCAGUGCCGUUGCGCCUUUGUCUUCUCCGGAUGCUCAGAAAUGGGGGAAUGGACUAUACUAGAGAGGCUCCUGGAGGCUGCUGUCCAGCAGCACUCUACUAUGAUAGGAAGGAUCCUACUAACAGUGGUGGUGAUCUUCCGGAUUCUUAUCGUAGCAAUAGUUGGAGAGACUGUCUAUGAUGACGAGCAGACCAUGUUUGUUUGUAACACCUUACAACCGGGCUGCAACCAGGCAUGCUACGACAAGGCAUUUCCCAUUUCACAUAUUAGAUAUUGGGUUUUUCAGAUCAUCAUGGUUUGCACCCCGAGUCUUUGUUUUAUCACGUACUCGGUGCAUCAGUCGGCCAAGCAGAAGGAGCGGCGGUACUCCACAGUCUAUCUGACACUAGAUAAGGAUCAAGAUUCACUGAAGCGCGACGAGAGCAAAAAGAUAAAGAACACCAUUGUAAACGGAGUACUUCAGAACACGGAGAACUCCACCAAAGAAGCCGAACCGGACUGUUUAGAAGUCAAAGAGAUCCCUAAUUCGGCCAUGAGAACUACAAAGUCCAAAAUGAGGCGACAAGAGGGCAUCUCCAGGUUUUACAUCAUCCAGGUGGUUUUCAGAAACGCGCUGGAAAUAGGCUUUUUGGUGGGUCAGUAUUUCUUAUACGGAUUCAACGUCCCGUCGGUGUACGAAUGUGACCGCUACCCCUGCAUAAAAGAUGUCGAGUGCUACGUCUCCAGACCAACGGAGAAGACAGUGUUCCUGGUUUUCAUGUUCGCGGUCAGUGGCUUUUGUGUGGUGUUGAACCUGGCAGAACUCAAUCAUUUGGGCUGGAGGAAAAUCAAAACGGCCGUACGGGGUGUGCAGGCUCGGCGAAAGUCCAUUUAUGAGAUCAGAAAUAAGGACUUGCCAAGAAUGAGUGUGCCGAAUUUUGGUCGCACUCAAUCCAGUGACUCUGCUUAUGUGUAAGAGGAGGACGGAGUCACAUCAGAACAUGUAAAGAGUCAAAAACCAUGAUGAUGGACAUGAUGGACAGCUCCGCACGCCUAAUUCGUGUCAUGACUUAAAGAGUGGGCAGAUUUUUUUUUUCUUUCUUUUUUUUUUAUUUCUUUAUCUUUUAAGGACUCCAUGGCAAGCGUGGAUUACACGUUUGUUUACUUAUUUAUUAUUGCACUAAUGCAACUUUUUAUUAGUAACGUUUAUACUCUGUAUGAAACGGAGGCCAUGUUAAAAACGUGUUCACAUAUUUACUCUUUGUGGGCUGUUCCGAUGUACUUGAAGAGAGUAAAUGCAAAAAUUGCACUAAGAGGUGAACACUUGAGAGCCUGACCUUAUCCAAAAUGUGCUGACGGUGUUUAUAAGACAUGUUUUUCCACCUAAUUUUGGCACCAACCUAAUUAAAUGUCACCAGUGGUUAAAGGACAAAUCUACCAUCCAGAUUUCUACAGAUAUAUAAAUCCUAACUGACUCUGGUAGUUCAAAUACAUCAGCGUAUAAUUCAUGUUUUUUUUUUUGUUGCCUGUGUUGCACCACUUACCUUAACAUAAUAUGUAACCAUUCCAUUGCUUUAUAGCUGACUUGCAAAACAGUAUCUGGUGAAUUUGCUGCAAACGCUAACGUCUGUGACUUCCUUAAUUUAUGACACACCAAAGCGCCCACUGCUUUUAUUUGUGAAGUGUUUUCUUGCUUUUGUGUAAUCAAGUGCCAUACUUGUAUAUAAACAUAAUAUAUAUGUAUACAUAUAAAUAUAUAAAUAUAUAAUAAUCAUCAUGAAAGCUGAUUCCCUGCUUGGAUUAUGCUAAAUGCCGCCCAAUAUAUAUUUUUUUUUUUAAAGAAAAUUUUAUUUCAAUGUAUUUGUUGUGAUUUAAAUGACAAAAAAGAUAUACAGUUUUCUCUUUUUUUUUGCAAAUGACUGGAAAAAGAAAUGAAGUGCUAGUCUUUUUUAUAUACAAGAAAGAAAUGUCUCUUCCCAAUCAAGGCUGAUCGAAACUGAAAAUAGCACAAAUUGACAUUUUUAUCAAAGAACGGGCAAUAAAAAUCUGCUCUGGUGCUACAGUUUUUCAUAGAAUGGUUUUAAAUGUAACCGACACAGACCAGGAAAAAAAAAAACCAAAACAACAAACAUCUUUUUUUUUUUUCUGUCUAAAAUAAAAGUGGGAUUCAUGUACACCAGAAGUGUGUGAGGUGCGGUACUUGUGUGUCUGCUGCUGUAGCUUGUGUUGACUGACCUACCAUACAGAAGGAGAAGUGUAUCCAGUCACUUGGUGCAGUGAAGAUGUUAGCCACACCCACUGUGCA